AUGCUCAUUAACAACGCUGCUAUUGUCAAUGGUAACUUCCUUCUUGAUAUUCCCUCGGCGAAAGUUGAAAAAUUGAUCCAAGUGAAUUUUCUUGCACCUUUUUACCUGGUAAAGGAGUUUUUGCCUGGAAUGCUUGGUAGUGCCUACAAAACUGCCAUGGAGCGCAUCCCACAAUCUCUGCGUGUUAUUCCUGAGGUGAGCAAUACGGAGAGAUGUUUUGAUAAUCCAGCCAAGGGGCAUCUUGUGUUUCUGUCCUCUGUUGCAAGUCAGACUCUCUGUCCGGGCUUAAGUGAUUACUGUGCAUCAAAGGCGGGGCUAUCAGCCAUGGCGGAGACACUCCGUCUUGAAAUGGAAGCCUUGGAAAUGAGCAAAAGCAUUGCAGUUACUGACAUACGUCCUUUUCUUAUCGAUACGGGCAUGUUCGAAGGUUUCGAUUCUAGAUUACCUGUAUUGCCCAUUUUGGAGCCUGAGAAAGUCGCUAAACGGAUUGUUAAGGCAAUUCGCUAUCGGGAGAGGACUGUCUACAUCCCGUGGAUAACCUGGUUCAUUCCUCUUGUGCAUCGAAUUCUUCCCUACCCCGUUCUGGUUAUAUUGUUCAAAAUCAGUGGUGCACUCGAUGGAAUGCGUUCCUUCAAACGAGCAAACAAGAAACACGAUUGA